AUGGCCGAAAAUCAGUACUCGGGCGGAGACGGGCGGAGACGGAGCCUGGCCUCCCCCGCGCCCCUCAUCUUCCCUCCAGACCCGGCAGAGUUCUUCGAGUUUCCCAGGAAGAGGCGCUGCCGGCGGGGGCUGCAGCUGGCGCUGCUGGGGCUGCUGACCGCGGCGCUCUGGGCCGGGCUGCUGACCCUGCUUCUCCUGUGGCACUGGGACACCUUGAGGAAUUUUAAACAGCUGGAAGUCACUGCCGCCCAGAACGUCUCUCGAUUCUCCAAAGAACUGCAGAGGCACCAGAGUGAGCAGAUGGCCCAGAGGUCCCAGGCGGCACUGAUGUCACAGACCGUCCAAGAGCUCCGAGCCCAGCAGCAGCAGAUGAAAUCCCAGGACUCCGAGCUCUCCUGGAACCUGGACAGACUUCAGGAGGACAUGAGCAGCAUCAAGUCGCAAAACUUGAACGAGAGGCGCUCGGCCUUGGAUUCGAUGGGAAGACUGAAGGAGGAGGUGGCGAAGCUGUGGAUGGAGAUACAGGUGUCCAAGGGCUCUGAGUGCAGCACAUGCCCCAAGCAGUGGGUCAACUUCCAGCAGAAGUGCUACUACUUCGGUGAGGGCCCCAAGCAGUGGGUCCAGGCCCGGUUCACCUGCAAUGACCUGGAAGGCCGGCUGGUCAGCAUCCACAGCCAGGAGGAGCAGGACUUCCUCACCAAACACGCCAACAAGGAGGGCUCCUGGAUUGGCCUUCGUGACCUGGACAUAGAGGGGGAGUUUACCUGGAUGGAUGGGAGCCCCCUGGACUACAGCAACUGGCAGUCAGGGGAGCCCAACAACGCCCAGGGUGAGGACUGCGUGGUGAUGCAGGGCUCGGGGCAGUGGAAUGACGCUUUCUGCCGCACCUGGUUGGACGCCUGGGUGUGCGAGCAGCUGGCCACAUGCGGGCCACCCACCCCCUCGGACUCCACAGAUGACUCACCGGGCUCUGGCUCCACACACAGCCCCUGACAGCUCCGCCACCUCGCUCUGAUCCCUCCCUCCUCCCUCCCUCUUGACCCUAGGAACAGCCAGAUCCAGAGGCAGGCCCUGAGGACCCCUGACCCCAGGCUGGACGCCACUUUGUGGCUCUAAGGUCCCUGUGACAUUUUGCUCCCACCCAAACUGGUGGCUGACCCUUCCCCGCUCCCACUGGUGCCCCGAGGGCCUGUCUCUUGCUCCUCAGCCCAGCUGGCCAUCACCACCUCCCUGCCUGCAAAGGCCCAAAACCAUCCCUGCUGGCAAGCUCGGUGCCCGCUGGGGAGUAGACUGCCGGCCCAGCCACCCCAGGAGCUGUGGAGAACACAGACCUCUCCCCUAGGACCCGCCUCUCAGAAGCAUCCCCUCCUCAGCACGACAGGACAGCCCUCACCCCAGCUCAGGCAGCAGGCCCUCCUGGCCACCCGCAUCAGUGAGAGGGACAAUGAGGCCUCCCUCCGGAGACCUGCCUGGGCGUGCUGGAUGGAAGCUGGGAAUCCCAGACCCUCGUGCCUGAGCCCACUUCCGCCCCCCACCCCAUGCCCGCCCCCUCCAAGGCCAAUUCUGAGAACCCAGAGCAACUCGAGUGGGAAUUCACACCUUCUCCGCCCUGUUUAUUUUUUUGUUACAAAAAUGGACCGGUCCCGCCCUGGAGAUAGGGACCCUGGGGUGUCACCAGCCCGGGACUGCAGAGGAGAGGGCGUAAGUUGCCACACAGGAAGUGGUCAGAGCUGGGCCUUGUGCAGCGAGGCACUCAGCAGGUGCUCGGUGGAGACCAGUUCACACCGAGGCCCAGGCAGCCUCUGGCUCGGCCACAUGCAGCUGAGGCUGAGUGUGACGGGCCAGGCUCCCAGGACCCCUCCAC